UUUCCAUUUACCGCCCUUUAUCUAUUUCCUGGAUACACAACGCUCACAAACCAGCGUAAAGAUGCCACAGAAUGCCAGGGCUCUGAUAGCUUAUGGGCCUUACGAAGCAUGCUAUCUGGUAGAUCACAGAAAAAGUCGGCUACAAGGAUUAGAAACGGUCUUGUUUAAAGAUGGCCACUCAGUGGAGUUUGAGGAGAUAGAUGACUGGAACAUUGUUGAGAUCUGGGUCAAUGGAGAGUGUGUGUUCAAGUGUGACAUCAGAGAGUUAGAUUAUGGCAGUGAUGGAGAUCUUGACCCACUGUGCAAGAAAGCACAGGAGGCUGUCCAAAGUGCAUUCUGAAAUAGUCAGCAUCAUAUUAAAGUUAUCAUUGUGCAUUAAUUAGUCUGUACGUAUGAUUGUAUAUAUGUAUGUAAGAAAUUCACAGCCAUGGAUGUUGUGAUACUCAUGUUGAAGUGAUUAUACAGCUGUUUCUAGUUUUUUAAAAAUCUUUCAUUUAA